GACGUUUUACAUAUGUCUGUGUUCACAUAUGGUGUUCACCGUGUAUUAUGUUUUGUGAGGGUUUUUCUGAUGCUUAAUUUUAUAUUUUUAUUAAUUUUUAGCGGGCGAUGCUAACAACAAAUUCAAAUAUCCUCGGACUCUCUAGGUAUUAGUGAGGUAUUAUACAUAUAUGUAUAUAUAUGCGGAAUAGGGUAUUAUUGUUUUUGACUAGAAUAGUUAAUAAAAAACAAACAGUGUUAUCAAAGAAGUAAAUAUCAUUGUCUUUCAUUAAACAGUAUCUUUGUUUUUUUAAUUUUACUAAUUUUAUAAAAAUCAUUUAUUAACUAACAUUUUUUGUGAAUAAAACAAUAAUACCUGUCUUCGUGCAGUUUUGUUAAAAGUCUGGUGGAGCGGAUUUUUUAUUUUUGUAUAAAACAAGUAGUAGUUUGGGUAUACCGUAGUUUGUUGUAAAGUCGGAGGGUGGGUAUAUUUCCAAAUUUUUAAUAAUCACUUAAAAUUAUAGUUCUACUAAACUUAUCAUUUAGAAUCAUACAAUGGCCCACAAUAUUGUAAGGUUUAUCCCUAAAGGAGGUAUUAAGAAGAAUCCUGAAGAAGUUGAAAAGUUUAAAAUUCAAAUUCAACAAAUUGAUGGGUCAGUUGUAAGAGUCACAGAUGAUUAUUCGUAUAUUGAUAUCACCAUACCUGAAGGAAAUUACACAAUUGUAAAGACCACUUCAGAUUCAUUAGGAUUCGAACCACUAAUAAAUCAAACAAGUGCAGAAAAUGAAUUCAUUGUGUCGUCUACAGGGGAUUGUAAAGAAAUUACCAAUAACGAAGAAAGUAUUCCAGGAGACCAUUACGAAUCUAAAGCAGUUCUUUUAAUUGUUACUGGAAUGACAUGUCAAUCUUGCGUUAGAACGAUAGAAGAUGGCAUCGGAAAAAGAAAUGGCAUACUCAGUGCAAAGGUUAAUCUCCGGGAUAAAUCGGUAUUAGUGACUUAUAACCCCACUAUAACAUCUACUAAAGAAAUAUGCAAAUGGAUUGAUGACGUAGGUUUUGAGGCAGUGCUUCCAAAUUUAGAUAGUCAGCAGAACAAAUUAAGUGAAUGUAUAGUACAUAUAGAUGGAAUGACCUGUAAUAGUUGUGUAAAAAGUAUACAAGGUAUGCUUUCAACUAAAGAAGGUAUUAAGGUAGUUAAAGUGGACUUGGCCAGAAAAGAAGGCUUUAUUCAAUAUUUACCUGAAAAAGUAACACCAUUAGAUAUAGUACAGCAAAUAGAGGACAUGGGUUUUGAAUGUUAUAUAAAAAGUGUAAAUCGAAAACACGUUGACAGAAAAGGUUUUUUAGUUAAAGUAGUUAAAGAUAAUUUUAUACUAAAGAUUUUUUUAGAUAAAUCGCAUAUGCCUAAUGGAGUUGUCAACAAAUCUAGUACAUCAUAUGACCCACAGGUUAAUUUAGAAAAAUGUCAAAUUCAAAUUAAAGGAAUGACUUGCGGUUCGUGUGUAGCGGCGAUAGAAAAGCAUGCAAAUAAAAUCCCAGGAUUGCAUAAGAUCUUAGUUUCUCUGCUUGCUGCGCGAGCUGAAGUACACUACGAUGCAACGGUGGUUUCUCCUUCGGAUAUAGCUCAGUCAAUAUCAGAUUUAGGGUUUCCUUCGCAAGUAUUGGUGCAAACAGGAGCAGGUACGACUGAAAUUGAUUUGGAAAUAUCGAAUAUGGUUUGUGCCAGUUGCGUUCGUAAGGUCGAGGAAACUGCUAGCGAAAUACCGGGCGUUGUUAGCGCCCAAGUAUCUAUAACUACAAAAAGAGGCAAAUUUACAUAUGAUCCAGAAGUAACAGGACCUCGUACUAUUAUUGACGCUAUAAACAACACAGGUUUUGAGGCACGCUUAUUUACUAGGGAACGAGACGACGAAAGGCUUCAACAAAAAGAUGAAAUUAGGAAAUGGAAAAGAAGUUUUUUAUUUUCUCUAGCUUUUGGCGGACCUUGUAUGAUUGUUAUGCUGUAUUUCAUGGUUCUCAUGUCGUCGAGUACCGCUUCCCAUGAAGAAAUGUGCUGUGUUAUACCAGGUUUAUCUUUAGAAAACCUAUUAAUGUUUCUCCUGUCGACACCGGUCUUAAUAUUAGGCGGCCGUCACUUUUUUAUUCAAGCCUAUAGAGCUUUAAAACAUCGCUCAACUAAUAUGGAUGUACUUAUAGCGAUGGCUACGUCUAUAUCGUAUACUUAUUCCGUUUGUGUUGUUACCGCUGCUAUGAUUAUGCAACAGAAUACGUCACCGCAAACCUUUUUUGAUACUCCACCAAUGCUGUUUGUAUUUAUCAGUUUAGGACGAUGGCUAGAACAUAUAGCGAAAGGAAAAACGUCGGAAGCAUUAAGUCGACUGCUGUCACUGAAAGCGACAGAUGCCGUAAUAGUCGUCCUUGGAUCUAAAGGAGAUGUCAUUAAGGAAAAUAAUGUGCAUAUAGAUUUAGUACAAAGAGGCGAUAUUUUGAAAGUAGUCCCUGGGGCAAAAAUUCCCGUUGAUGGAAAAGUGUUACAGGGUCAAUCCAUGUGCGACGAAAGUUUAAUAACAGGAGAAAGUAUGCCUGUCCCUAAAAGGAUUGGAAGUACAGUCAUAGGCGGAUCAAUAAAUCAGUAUGGUUUAUUAAUCGUAGAAGCUACACAUACGGGCGAAGCAACCACAUUAUCUCAAAUAGUUAAGUUAGUCGAAGAAGCACAAACCUCCAAAGCUCCUAUACAGCAUUUGGCAGAUAAAAUUGCAGGGUAUUUUGUGCCGGGCGUUAUCGGUGUAUCCCUACUGACAUUAAUAAUAUGGUCAAUCGUUGGUGUUAUUGAUAUAGAUAAAUUACCUAUUUCAGACCAUGAGAAGCAUGGAUUUACAAAGACUGAAAUUAUAUUGCAAUUUGUAUUUAGAUGUGCACUGAGUGUUUUAGCUGUUGCAUGUCCUUGUGCUUUGGGCUUAGCAACUCCAACAGCUGUGAUGGUAGGAACUGGAAUUGGUGCCCUAAACGGUAUUCUUAUAAAAGGCGCAGGCCCGUUGGAAAAUGCGCACAAAGUAAAAGCUAUUAUGUUUGACAAAACUGGUACUAUUACAAAGGGAACACCAGAAGUUUCAAAAAUCUGGAUGCAAGCUGAAGGUUUGAGCCCGACAUUAAUACUAGCUGCCGUAGGAUCCGCCGAAGCUAAUUCCGAACAUCCCAUAGCUGCCGCCAUUUUAAAAUAUGUUAAAGAUGUACUUAAAUCCGAUGUCAACGGAAGUAGCAAAAAUUUUCAAGCUGUUCCAGGUUGUGGUUUAAAGUGUGACGUGUACGGUUUAGCGGAGAUUAUUCAAAAUUCCAAAAAUAGUGUCGAACUGAGCAGUUUUUCAUCGUUAGUGACGGCAGGUAGUACUGGACUCUUUACAGUUAAAGGAGUAGACGUUGAAAUUUAUCAAUCGCCAAAUAUUAGAUUGGGACAAUUUAUUGGAAUGGGUGAUGCGCCUGAGGAUGUAGGGUAUGGCGAAUAUAAUGUAAUCAUAGGAAAUAGGGAAUGGAUGAGAAGAAAUGGUUUGACCUUAAUACCAGAAGUAGACCGGAAAAUGAUUGCUGAAGAAGAAGAGGGUAGAUCCGCUGUUCUCUGUGCAAUAAAUGGUAAUAUAGUUGCAAUGAUUAGCGUAGCUGAUAUGGUCAAGCCCGAAGCUCAUUUAGCUGUAUAUACUUUAAAGAAAAUGGGCCUUGAAGUUAUUCUUUUGACAGGGGACAAUAGACAAACAGCUGCUAGUAUAGCCAGACAAGUCGGUAUUACGAAAGUCUAUGCAGAAGUGCUUCCAUCUCAUAAAGUUGCCAGAGUACAAAGAUACCAGAAUCGAGGUAUUAAAGUUGCUAUGGUCGGAGAUGGUAUAAACGACUCUCCUGCUUUAGCUCAAGCUGAUGUUGGUAUGGCUAUUGCAUCAGGAACUGAUGUGGCAGUGGAAGCUGCUCACGUGGUUCUAAUGAGAAACGAUUUACUUGACGUAGUGGCUUGUCUUAAACUCAGCAGAAAAACUGUUAACAGAAUUAGACUUAAUUUUGUAUUCGCUAGCAUGUACAACUUAUUAGGUAUUCCUCUUGCUGCGGGAGUGUUCAGUAUGGCCGGGUUUAUGUUAGCACCGUGGAUGGCUAGCGCGGCUAUGGCGAUGAGUUCUGUAUCCGUGGUAGCGUCCAGUCUGAUGCUAAAGUUAUGGCGUAAACCGACACGCGUGGUUUUGGAAACUACGGACUACCUCGCCAGUAGAGACAGCUGUGCACUGGACGCAAUAUCGAUACACAGGGGAUUAGACGAUAUCGAAACUUUGGGCGGCGGAAGCCCAUCCACGUUAGCCAGAAAACUCAUAUCUUCUUGAUAUACUAGGGUAACAUCAGAUUAUGCUUAGGUUUUCUUAUAUUUCUGGGAAAAACUAGAUCCACAAAACAAAGACUGCUGUCAGAUAGGGAUGAUGAACCUAGUAUUGAGUUUAGUAAUAAACGGGAUUACGAUGUUCAAGAACCUUUAAUAUAAUAUACUACCUAUACUGUUAUCAAGGAUUUACUUAAAUGUAUAAAUAUUUUAUAAAUUUUGAUGUUUUUAUUUAUUUUAAUAUAACAUGAUUAUAUGCUUUUUUAUAAUACCAGAAACCCUGUUAUACAUAUAAAUAUACUGAUAUAUUUUUACAGUUUAGGAACUUUUAUUUAAGAAUGAAUAUUUGAAAAUAAACGAACAAGAGAGCUAUUAAGAAGAAAGACUAACCUAUACAGUGUGGUCUGAUUUUAAUCAAAAGUUAGCACAAACAUGCCAGAAAUAUAUCAAUUUAAGAACAGACAAAACAAAACUACCUCGCAAUAAAAAACAGCGUCACAAUAUUCUUUUAAAGGACAUAUUUUUGUCGUACCAACGUCUAGACUUUAAAUAAAAUUUUACAUUACGUUCGACCCUUACAAAAAUAUCGAGGCCGCAUUUCUAGGCCUUCCUUGACGUCGUUUUUCCGUUCGUACAGUGCUGCUUAGAAAACAGAAAUAUAUUUAGAUGUUGUUUAAACAAACGCUUAAGAGUAAUAAUAAAAUAAACAAGGAUGAAUGAAGAACUAUGUAUUUCAUCUAAAAUCAAGCUUACCAGAGUAUUAAUUCUAUUAAAAGGCUUGAGAUAUUAGAAACAUAUCCUUUAAUAGAAAAAGUGUUGGUAAUAAUUAUUAUUGAGCCGACCCUACAUGUAAUAAAAUUAAGUUAGUAAAAAAGUUUCAGAUACAUUUUUUAACAGAUUUAUAUCAAUUAUUAUAUAAUUAAUUGUAGGUCAGCCCAACGGAAAUUAUCGAUUGCCAUUUCAAAGGCUACUGUGACGCUGUUUUUUGAUCGAAUAUACAGUUCAUAUGCAUUGUUUUGGUGGACAAAAUGUAAACUCAAAAACAUCUUAAUUCUAAAUGGCGCAAACGAAAACAAUGCAAAAAAUGAACACAGGUUAUACAAUGAAAAAAAAACAGCGUCAGAGUUGGUUGGGAAAUGAAGUCAACUUGGCGCCGUUUUUUAAACCAUAAAAACUAAUACAUUAUUAGGUACUUAAAAUGAUGAAAUGAAAAAAUUAUAUAAAUGUUAACGUUAAGUAUAAAAGGGUAAGUGAAAAGUAAAAUAUUAAUAUUAGAAACUCUUAUAUUAGGUAAAAUGAGUGAACUAAUGCUAAACAUAACAAAUGAACAAAAAACGAAAGGAAAUAUAAGUCUUAAACGACAAUAACAAACACAAUAUAGAAAAAAUAUAGUUAAAAAAAUAUAACACAACUGUCAACAUUUAAAUUUCAAAAUGACGAACAGCAAUAAACUAGACUACUUUUAAUAACAGAAAAAAAAAUAAUUUGAACAACUUUAAUAAAUAUGCUUAUUCAUAUAUAUAAUAAACACAGUAAUUUCUAAUGCUUUGGUAUAAAUCUAAGUCUAUCUUAUACAUAUCAACAUAAAUACUCAUCUGUGUUAGAUGUGAUUAAUAUUAUAACAUUAUAAGGAACUUUGGUUAACAUUCAGGCACAAAACCGAGAUCUUUUCGUUAUCACUUAGAACAGGUUGAAAUUUGUUUCAUAUUUAAAUUUCAAAUGGGUGAGUAUUAAAAUACAUACAUACAUGAUAAAGAUUUUGCUGAACAGACCAAAAGAAAAUCAGUAAUAUUAAGUUGUGACAUGAUAGAAAUUUAACCAAAAAA